CUCGACAUAGCGUUUGUACUGCAGCGCCAUCACGCCGAUAAGCUUACGCCAUUUACGGUCUAAAAAACGAGUUGGAAUUCGCCUCUGGUUUGAUUAGUCCACGGUAUUUCGGCAUAAAAGUUAAACUGCCAAUAUAUUUUUAAGAAGAAGCGUGAGCGAGCACCGGCGGCGCAGAAUUUCAAUAUAAUGCCACUGCCGAUACACGCUGGGGUGUUUCAGAAUGCAAUGGAGCCAAUGCAAGUUGACGCACCAACUGAAGACAAUGACAAUACAGAAGAGGAACCAUACAUUGUAGAAAAUCCCACGCUGGAUUUAGAAGUCUAUGCGAACAGCUAUACAGGACUAGCAAAACUGUACAGGUUGAUCUAUAUCGCAGAUCAUUGUCCGACACUGCGGUUGGAAGCAUUGAAAAUGGCGAUAACUUAUGUGAUGACAACAUAUAACACAGGAAUCUAUCAAACUCUGCAUAAAAAGCUGCAGGAGGCAAUCGGCACUCCUGGACUGCCUGAUAUAGCAGCACAGUCGACAUCCCAAGACAUACCGGCAAUCGAUCACAUGUGGCUAGAGUCUAAGUCGAAGAAGGCGGCCCUGAAAUUAGAGAAAUUUGAUACCGAUCUAAAGAACUAUAAGAGUAAUUCAAUCAAGGAAAGUAUUAGGAGAGGUCACGACGAUUUGGGUGACCAUUACCUCGACUGUGGCGAUCUCAGCAAUGCGCUUAAGUGUUAUUCGCGAGCACGCGACUAUUGUACCAGUGGUAAACAUGUCGUUAACAUGUGCCUUAAUGUCAUCAAGGUAUCUGUCUACCUUCAAAACUGGUCCCAUGUCAUCAGUUAUGUUACCAAAGCUGAGAACACGCCUGACUUUUCCGAAGUUCACGGCAAGGACAACAAUCAGGCUGUCAUCACCAAACUUAAAAUAGCUGCUGGACUCGCAGAGCUCACUACAAUGAAAUAUAAAAUGGCGGCGCGACACUUCCUCCAGGCUUCACUGGAUCACUGCGACUGCCCUGAGCUCCUCUCUCCAGGCAAUGUUGCUCUCUACGGAGGACUUUGUGCGCUUGCUACUUUCGAAAGAAACGAGCUUCAAAAGCAAGUCAUAUUUAGCAGCUCGUUCAAAUUGUUCUUGGAGCUCGAACCUCAACUUAGAGAUAUUAUCUUCCAGUUUUACAACUCAAAGUAUGCCUCAUGUUUGAAAUUGUUGGAUGAGAUAAAGGACAACAUUUUACUUGAUAUGUACAUAGCACCACAUGUCAACUCUCUCUAUACUCAAAUCAGAAAUCGAGCAUUAAUUCAGUACUUUAGCCCGUAUUUAAGCGCUGAUAUGAGGAGAAUGGCUACAGCAUUCAAUAGAACUGUCUCCGCCCUUGAGAAUGAGCUCAUGCAGCUUAUACUCGAAGGUCAAAUCCAGGCACGCAUCGACUCGCACAAUAAAAUUUUGUAUGCCAAAGACGUUGAUCAGCGUAGUACGACAUUUGAGAAGUCAAUUAGCGUCGGCAAGGAGUAUCAGCGACGUACUAGAAUGCUCAUCCUCAGAGCUGCGAUGUUGAAGCAUCACAUUCAUGUGAAGGGUCAAGCACGUGACACGACGCAAGGCGGUGAGUUAUCUGUGGCUCCAGGAAACAGUAGCAUAGUAUCAAGAAAUUGAAGUAAUUUAUUUGUCAAGUCGAAGAAGUAAUCGAAAGAAACAAAAGGAAUCCACACGAAACUGAAACGGAGUGUGUUCGUUGCUUGGACAUUAACUCUUAUGUAAAUUAAUCUUUUGCCAUUGUGUUCCUCUACAUUUACUUUACCAUUUUUUGUUAUUUUCUUUUUUUUUUUUUCCAAAUCGUAAAGUUCUAUACUGUACAUAAAUAUGGCCUUUACGUUAUAAAUAAACAAUUAUUAUGAAUCACUAAAAACUGCAAUAUUUAAGUAAAACUUUUGUAGCAUUAUCAAGAGCUAAAAGAGCUAAUAAUACGUCAUAAAUACAUGCAUGCAUAUACGUAAGGUA